UGAUUUUGUGAUUUCCAUUUUGGAUGAGGAACAAUCCUCUGUGUUGUGUGUUGGCCUGUUGGGAACAAAAAUACUGCAGACACCAGAAACGUAUUUAUUGAUUUUCAGGUAAUUGAUAAUGGAACCAAAUCCUGUGAUUAUUUCUGCUACAGCAAGACAGACCGCAUCGCUUAUAUUUUUACACGGUCUCGGAGACACGGGUCAUGGCUGGGCCAGUACCAUCGCAGCUAUCAGAGGACCUCACGUUAAGGUGAUUUGCCCUACAGCGUCGACUAUGCCGGUGACACUUAACGCAGGGUUCCGUAUGCCGUCUUGGUUCGAUUUAAGAACAUUGGAUGCAACAGCUCCAGAAGAUGAAGAGGGAAUUGUGAGGGCCACUCGACUUGUUCAUGGAUUAAUUGCUGAUGAAGUGAAAUCUGGCAUUCCUGCAAAUCGAGUUUUGUUAGGGGGAUUCUCUCAAGGAGGAGCUUUGGCCUUACAUGCUGCUCUGACAUAUCCUGAAGCCCUAGCCGGUGUGAUGUCGCUAUCUUGCUGGCUGCCAAGACAUUCCCAUUUUCCUGAAGCUGUAAAAGCUCCAAAGGAUUUACCUAUAUUCCAAGCUCAUGGUGACUGUGAUCCAGUAGUGCCAUUUAAAUGGGGACAAAUGACAGCAUCAUUUUUAAAAACAUUCAUGAAGAACAUUGAAUUUACGUCAUAUCAAGGAUUGACCCAUAGUUCUUGUGAAGCAGAGCUGAAGGACAUGAAAGCAUUUAUAGAGAGAACUUUGCCCGCUGUUAAAUAAAAUACUUUGAACCUUAUUCAAUUCUCUCGUACUUAUAGAUACUUAUCACAUUUUAUUUUUCGUAUCACUAUUUCAAAAAUCAUGCAUCCAUUAAGUCGGUGAAGCAAAUAGUGGAAUUCUUAUUUUUUUCCCCAUAUUUUCUUAUUUAUUUUUAUUUACCAAAAACAUACUGUGUUUAAGAGUACUAACUAUGAAAUAAAGUAUAUUAAUCAUA